AGUUCCAGCCACGCCCCCUCUAGCUGCAAGCCAAAGCUUCCAAGAUGUCUCCAUUGGUUUGGGUUGUUUUGUUGGCUGCUCCACUUCUCUUGUACCUUAUCUACCGUUACCUGCGUGCCCAGUUCUGGGUCCUCGCCUCCACCGACACCACCUCUCCAGCAAACCCAUUCAAGAGCUAUGCAAGGGGCAGGAAGGGUCUCCCCAUUGAGCUGGACCAAAAGAAGAGAGAUAAGGUCAUCAAAAUGAGUUUCUCCCUGGACAGUGUACCUGCUUCCCUGGAUGCCAUCGUGAUAGGCUCUGGCAUUGGAGGACUCUCAGUGGCCGCCAUACUAGCCAAGGCUGGCAAGAAGGUACUAGUGUUGGAGCAGCAUGAUCAGGCCGGUGGUUGCUGUCAUACUUUUAUUGAUAAAGGCUUCGAGUUUGAUGUUGGCAUCCACUAUGUUGGUGAGAUGGCCGAGGGAACACUGUGCAGAGUACUAGUUGAUCAGCUCUGUGAUUCUGGAGUAGAAUGGCAGGAAUGUGAUUCUGUGUACGACACUGUCGUCUUUGGAAUGGGUGGAGCCAAUCAAAGGGAAUUCCCCAUUCCAGCUGGGCGUGGCAAGUUAGUAGAAUCACUGGUCAACAGAUUUCCACAAGAGGACAAAGCUAUUCGCAAAUUCUUUGACAUUUUAAAGCGUCUUCGCCGCUCCACCCUCACGAUGGCGUUGCUUAAGAUGCUGCCAAGAUGGUGUUCUAAUCUUGUGAUCUCCAGUGGUUUGUUGGCAUGGACCAAUCCUGACAUGGCUUACUACCAAACAUCACUCACGCAAGUACUGGACGAUAUAUUCACUGAUACUGAGCUGAAGGCAGUGCUCGCAUAUUCCUUUGGAGACUAUGGGACUGUCCCCAAGGAUGCAUCAUUUGGAAUGCAGGCAGCUCUGACCAACCACUUCACUUAUGGAGGCUAUUAUCCGAUAGGAGGAGCUAGCGAGAUUGCCUUCAAUAUCAUACCCACCAUAGAGGCGGCUGGUGGGCGGGUCCUAGUGAGGGCAAAGGUCAACCAGAUACUGAUGGAUGAAGGCAAAGCAGUGGGUGUGUCUGUCAAACAAGGUCACACAGUGUAUGAUAUCAUGGCCCCUCUGAUCAUCUCUGAUGCUGGCCUCUACAACACUGUGGAGUUGCUCCCUCCUGCUAGUGGACUAGAGUCCGCACUGACUCAUGUGCGUCACGGUGUGGGACUCAUGUCAGUAUUCAUAGGACUGGAUGGUAGCCCUGAAGAACUAGAGUUGAGGGCAGGGCAUGUGUGGGCGUUCAGGGACUCUGACCUCAACGCUAUCACUGCCGAGUAUGUCAGCACACCACUGGAGGACAUUGCCACGGCCAAGGUCCCCCUCAUGUUCCUGUCAUUUCCAUCAACUAAAGACCCAACGUAUAGUCAGCGUUUCCCCGGAAAGUCUACAGUUGCCAUAGUAACCAUUGCCCCGUACGAGUGGUUCCAGGAAUGGGAGAACGAGCGAGUGCUGCGUCGUGGCGAUGAAUAUAUCGGCAUCAAGACAGCGCUGGCCAAUCAGAUGUGGGAACAGGCGGUGGAGUUGUUUCCUAAGCUGGAGGGGCGUAAAGUGUACAUGGAUGUGGGGACCCCCCUCUCCAAUAUACACUAUCUGGGGACCCCCCGCGGAGAAGUGUACGGUGUGGACCACAACACAACUCGUUUCUCCCUCCAGGCCAUGAGUGACCUUCGACCCCAGACGAGCGUACCAGGACUCUAUCUGACAGGACAGGAUGUGUUUAUGUGUGGCUUCAUUGGUGCAAUAUUCGGGGGCGUGUUGGCUGCCUCCACUAUCCUCAAGAGGAACCUCACUGGGGAUCUUACCUCACUCAGUAGGGUCGUCAAGAGGGAGGCAGCAAAGAACAAGAAAGAAUGACUUUUUGUAUAAAACUGUGUUUCAUAUAUAAAACUGCUCCUUUGUGUAUUAUUUGUAGUUGUACAAAAUAUGUUUUGCGAAAAAAAUUUAUAAUGUG